UUUAUCAUUAAAUCAAACUCCAGUUGCAUCAACAGAUAGCUCCCUCUUUCUCUCCCUCUGAAUCACUCUGCAAGUAAAGAUGUUAUUGGGAAGCACAAAUACUCUCAGAAUUUCCUCACAUGGUAAAGAAUGGGAGGGUAAAACUGUAACAGGCAUGCCUCUUGGAAAGGUCAACCAAAGAGUGAAGGUUCCUGCAUCACAGGAUUCAGAAGGGGCAAUAACUUCAAAAAUAAAGGAAAUGUUGAGCAAAGUUGGGUUAUCUGUUUCCUCAUAUGAUACAGCAUGGGUUGCAAUGGUGCCUACCUUGGACUCUUCAAAGCAGCCUCUUUUCCCAAAAAGCUUAAAUUGGAUUAUGGAGAAUCAACAGUCUGAUGGAUCAUGGGGUCUUGAUCUACAGCAUCCAUUGUUAAUUAAAGACUCACUUUCUUCCACUUUGGCUUGUGUUCUUGCCCUUCAAAAAUGGAAUGUUGGCCAGCAACUCAUACAUAAAGGUUUGGACUUUAUUCAGUCAAACAUUUGGGCUGCGAAGGAUGAGCAUCAACAUUCUCCAAUUGGCUUUGAUAUAAUAUUUCCAAGCAUGAUUGAAUAUGGCAGAGACAUGGGCUUGAAUCUUUCUUUGAACCAAUCAUUAGUGGAGACGAUGCUUCUCAAGCGAGAGUUGGAAACUAAAAGUUUGAAGGAUAAACCAAGUAAUCUAGCAUAUGUAGCAGAAGGACUGAAUAGAUUAAAUGAUUGGAAGGAGGUAAUGAAGUUUCAAAGGAGUAAUGGAUCACUCUUCAACUCACCAUCUUCAACUGCAGCUGCUUUGAUCCACCUGCAUGAUGGAAAAUGCUUUGAAUACUUGAACUCACUAGCAAAACAAUUCGGAAAUGCAGUUCCUACAAUUUAUCCUUUUGAUAUCUAUGCCCGUCUCUCUAUAAUCGACACCUUGGAGAAAUUAGGAAUUGAUAGCUAUGUCAGCGAAGAUAAAGAAAGAGUACUAGAUGAUAUCUGCAGAUGCUGGAUGCAGGGAAGUGAAGAAAUAUUUUUAGACCCUACAUGUUGUGCCAUGGCUUUUCGCCUUCUACGGAUGAAUGGAUAUGCAAAUUCUUCAGAUGCAUUAGCAAAUUUUGAUGAAAAGGAAAAGUUGCUCCAUACGAAAGACAUAAAAGCAAUGCUGGAGUUAUUCAAGGCCUCACAAUUAGAAAUAUGCGAGGAUGAGUCUGCUCUUUGCAGAAUUUAUGCUUGGACUAGCAAUUACCUUAAAGAAGAGUUAGUGAAUGGGGAAAUUCCUGAUAAGAGUUUACAGGCAGAGGUGGAUCAUGCACUAGGACACCCUCAUGCUAGUAUGGAGCGAACGGAGAUCAAAAAUUUCAUUGAGAAUUACAAUGCAGAUAAUGUCUCACUUCUUAAAACAUCUUAUAGGUUCUGCAAUGCCAAUGAGAACUAUCUCUUAGCAUUUUCAUUCCGAGAUUUCAAUAUGUACCAAUCCAUGCACCGGGAAGAACUUGACGAUCUUGAAAGAUGGGUCAAGCAAUAUGGCCUUGAUAAACUGAAAUACGCAAGGCAAACGAUUAGAUCCGCCUAUUUUUCCAUUACGUCUAGCCUUUUCCAACCUAAUCACUCCGAUGCUCGUAUCUCUUGGGCUCAAAAUACUGUUCUGACAACUGUUGUUGAUGAUUUCUUUGAUUUUUCCGGUUCUAUGGAAGAACUACUAAACCUUAUCGAACUAAUUGAAAGAUGGGAUGAGCACACAACAAUUGGGUUCAAGUCAAAAGAAGUAGAAAUACUUUUUAAUGCACUGUAUGGCUCAGUGAAUGAUCUUGCAGAUAAGGCUUACAUUGUACAAGGACGAUGUGUCAAAAGAGACCUAAUUGAUAUUUGGAUCAUUUUGCUCAAGACUAUGUUAAAGGAGGCCGAGUGGGCGAGAGACAAGAACGUUCCAGGAAUGGAUGAAUAUAUAGAAAAUGGAUACAUAUCAUUUGCCUUAGGACCUGUCAUCCUCAUCUCACUUUAUCUUAUGGAGCCAUUGUCUGAAGAGGUGGUCACAAGUAAAGAAUAUGAUAAUCUUUUUAUCCAUGCAAGCAUAAUUGGCCGACUUCUUAAUGAUCGUGUAACAGCUAAGAGAGAAUUUGCUCAAGGAAAAUUGAAUAGUGUGUCUCUACAAGUAGUUGGUAGUAACGGUGCCAUAACUGAGGAGGAGGCUAAGGAAGAGGUAACAAGAAUCAUUACAAGCCAUAGAAGAGAGUUGCUAAGAAUGGUGGUGCAAACUGAGGGAAGCAUUGUUCCAAAAUCUUGCAAGAAUUUAUUUUGGACGAUGAGCAAGCUUUUGCACCUUUUCUAUAUGAGUGAGGAUGGAUAUUCAUCUCCAACCAAGAUGCUUAGUGCAAUCAACGCAAUUGUUAAUGAACCCAUAGUUCUACCUUAAGAUUGUUAAAUGUAUGUUGCUAUUAAUCAUUGCCCUGUUGCUAGUAAUUGUAGUUGAUUGAUGCUAAGUGUCUAAUAAAUUAUUAUUAACGGCUAUUAAUAAUAAUUAAGUUAGACUUCUAUAAA